AUGGCAUUCAAGUUGGUAGUUCUCUCUUGCCUCCUGGCCCUUGCUCACGGUAGUGGGGUGCCCGCAGCCAUCGCUGCUGCUCCCGUGGCCUACGCUGCCCCUGUGGCCGCAGCCAGGUUGGAGGAGUUCGACCCUCGCCCGCAGUACAGCUUUGGAUACAACGUGGCUGACUCCCUCACCGGUGACUACAAGAGCCAGACCGAGCAGCGCAACGGAGACCUGGUUCAGGGCCAAUACUCUCUGGUAGAAUCUGACGGCACUCGCCGAGUGGUCGACUACACAGCUGACCCAGUGAGUGGUUUCAACGCAGUAGUGCGCAACGAGCCCCUUGUUGUGGCCGCUCCAGCUGAGCCUGCUGUUGUUCCCGCUCGUUACACCGCCGCCGCUGCAGUAGCCGCACCUGUGGCUGCUCCUGUAGCUGUUGCUCAGGCUGCUCCAGUUGUUGCUGCUGCAAAAUUCGCUGCUGCACCAGCCUACGCCCGAUACGUCGCACCUGUUGCCAACGCCGUUGCUGCUCCAGCACCCGCAGUCUACGCUCGUUACGCCGCUGCCACCGUUGCUGCUGCCCCCGUAGCUGCUGCCCCCGUAGCUGCUGCCCCUGUAGCUGCUGCUCCUGCAUUCACUGGAUUCGCUCGUUACGCAGCUGCACCCUUCGUAGCGUCUAGCUACGUAGCUGCACCUGUAGCGGCUGCUUACAGAACCGCGUACUCUGCUCCGGUUGCUGCGGCCUACUCUGUGCCUUAUGCUACUCAAGUGGCAGCUGCAUACACUGCUUCAGUGCCUGCUGCGUACACUGCGGCAGUGCCUGCUGCGUACACUGCGGCAGUGCCUGCUGCGUACACAGCGGCAGUGCCAGCAGCCUACAGUGCUCCCGUGGUGGCUGCAUACAAGGCGGCUCCCGUAGCUGCAGCAUACAGUGCGCCUGCACCCACGGCUGUAGCCCCCGUCCCCGCCUCCACAGCCCGCGCCGCUCCUGCCAAGAUCGUAGAAUCAUCAGCUGCCGCCGGUUACCGUUACCCUUGA